AGAUUAUUAUUUCAACCGAGUAAGAACCCAUAUUUAAGUCGAGACCCAAUCCUUCUCAAAAAAAAAAAGUCGAGACCCAAUAAACCUAACUUCAUAAGUUCUCAGCUGAAACCAAAGGGCUGUUCAUAACUUUUUUUUUUUUUUUUUUUCCUGAUCUGAACAUAGCUGAGUAGUGAUGGAUGUGAAGUAUUUCAAAUCCGAUUCAGAUUUUCUGGCCAAGGAGUGGUGUUAUCGGAGAUGCAAUGGUGGAGUUGAUAGGAUUAGUGAGUUGCCCGAUGAAAUUAUCCUUGGCAUAUUGUCUUUCCUAUCAUUGAGGGAAUGUGUAACCACUAGUGUUCUUUCUUCCCGAUGGUCGGAUUUGUGGAAACACACCCCUAAUCUCAACUUGAAUGCGAAGCUUCUAACCAACCAUUAUCAGGAGCCUAUACAAGGACACGCAUGGGAUGCUGAAAGGUGCAAGUAUAUAGAAAUAGUAAACUCGAUUCUCCAAUCACAUAAAGCCCCUUCAUUGAAAGAAUUCAGAAUCUCUUUGUAUGCAAACAAGUCAGCCCAGUGUGCAGUCGCCAAAUGGCUUGAAUUUGUGCUUUCAAGACACGUUGAGAGAUUGAUUUUGGACUUGGUAUGUGACGAUACGAGAAAUUCGGUUUCAACUUAUGCGGUUUCCCUUGAAGAGUUGUUAAGAGACAGGCCUCAAGAUCUCAUUGGUUUUAAAUCCCUCAAGAGUUUGCGUCUGAAAGGUUUCAGGGUGAGUGGCGAGGCUAUAGACUCGUUCCUAUGUAAUUGCCCCCUGUUGGAGCAAUUGUAUAUCCAUGGAUCAUUUUUGACAUCUGAUGUUGUGGUUUGUGGCACGGCACUCAGGCUAAAGCUCUUUCAUAUAGAUAAUUGCUAUGGUUCUAGUGAAAAUUCCAUAAAAGUUUCUGCUCCAAAUCUUACUUGGCUCGGGGUCUGCGCAACACUGAAAUUGAUACUUGAGAAUAUCCCAAAACUUACUAGAGCGUAUUAUACCUGUCCAUUUCCAAGACCAGAUUAUACCAAACAAUUUGCUUCUUCAGUAUUUUCCUGCGUUUCCCGACUGCAAAAUCUCAACUUGAAUCUCUGCUCUACUAAGGUGUUUUUACCAAAUGCCAUUCCUCAAAUGCCUAACUUGAAGAAGUUGGCCGUUGGAUAUGAUGGUGUAGCGUAUGAACCCGUUCUCCAGCCAGUAACAGCUUUAAUACGAGCAUCUCCUCGUCUUCAAGAACUCAAAUUACAGGUUGCGCGCCCGGGAAGAUCUCAUACUACAUGCAAAAGUGGUGAAAGACAUCGGCACCGGCAUCUCAAAGUGUUCGAGUUCAUAGGAUUUUUUGAGCGUGAAGGCGAUCAUAUCGAAUUGCUGAAAUAUGUUUUGGAUAAUUGCGCAGCGCUUGAGAAAAUAAUUCUCAAUUGUUCAUCAUGGUCUAGGUUUGUAUAUAAAUUAGAGGCUCAGCCACGAGCUGCCAGAGACCGCCUCGAGCAACUGCUUGAUGGCAAAGUAGAUGACCGUAUUCAGCUAUAUAUUACUCCCUCCGUCCGCCAAAAGUAGACUACUUUGGUUGGGCACGGGAUUUAAUAAAAUUGGUGAUGAUUUUGAUAUAGUGGAGAAAGGGUCCCACCACUUUAUUAGAUGUGUGGUUGAGAUUGAAUUUGGGGUGGUUUUUUUGUAAAUAAAUAGUGUUUGUAAGGAUAAAAGAUUAAAGUGGGUGAUGGGACCAUUUCCAUAAAAGGAAAGUGGUAUACUCUUUGCGGACGCCCAAUAUAGUAAAAAUGGUCUACUUUUGGCGGACGGAGGGAGUAUUUAAUUAUACUUGUCAUUUUCUACUGUUAUUUAUGAUUUUGAACUAAGAUUUUUAUUUAAUGUUAUGUAAUGUUUUGUUACAAGUUAUUACUGUAUUAUAUAAAUCAAAUUACAACUC